CUUUACUGUCUGCAGUCUCUGGUCAUCCCCUGCACUGUCUGCAGUCUCUGGUCAUCUCUACUAUUCCACAGUCUCUGGUCAUUCCCUGUACUAUGUCCGCAGUCCCUGGUCAUCUCCUGUACUAUGUCCGCAGUCUCUGGUCAUCUCCUGUACUAUGUCCGCAGUCUCUGCUCAUCUCCUGUACUAUGUCCGCAGUCUCUGGUCAUCUGUACUAUGUCCACAGUCCCUGGUCAUUCCAUGUACUAUGUCCGCAAUCUCUGGUCAUUACCUGUACUAUGUCUUCAGUCUCUGGUCAUCUCCUGUACUGUGUCCGCAGUCUCAGGUCAUCUCCUGUACUGUGUCCGCAGUCUCUGGUCAUCUCCUGUACUAUGUCUGCAGUCUCUGGUCAUCUCCUGUACUAUGUCUGCAUUCUCUGGUCAUCUCCUGUACUGUGUCCGCAGUCUCAGGUCAUCUCCUGUACUGUGUCCGCAGUCUCUGGUCAUCUCCUGUACUAUGUCCGCAGUCUCUGGUAAUCUCCUGUACUAUGUCUGCAGUCUCAGGUCAUCUGUACUAUGUCCACAG